UAUUUUGUAUUAUUUGAAUUGGUCUAAUUUAAUUCAAAUAAUUUGCAAUAUGAAGCUAUCAUGUGUAAGAAGCCUUUCUCUGUAUGUUUUUUUAUGCCAGCUUUAGUGAAGGGUUCACAUAUUUUUUUUUUACUCCUCAAAAUUUCUUAGAUACUGGUGCUGAUAUAUCUUUUUAGAGGAGUUGCUUUAAGCUCUUUGAUAUUUGUGUGGGUUUUUAUUGAAUGCUUCAUCUGAAACUUUGCCUAUGGUCACAUUUAUAUGGCUACCUUGAAUGCUUGUCUUAAUCCAAUAAAUAAACUGCAGGAUUCAGUCUCUUUCAAAUAGUAGUAUACAAGUUCUUGUCAAAGGUCGUGGUUUUAUCCAUGAGUCAGUGGGCCAAAAAAGACAGGAAACCUUUCUAAUAUUAAUAUUUUUUUAUAGUAGCUCUGAAAGCUACUCUGGCAGUGAUGGUGGUGAAAAUAGGACACUCUAGCAUCUAGGAAAAUUUCAAUUCAGCUUGACAUUUAAGUCCAUAGGGGUUUGAUGCAUAGUUCUAGGUACUAGAGUCACAAAGAUGAUUCACAUGUAGGGAUAAGACAUACAACAAGUAAGUAUGGUAUGAGGUACAUUGUGAUGUGGGCAAAAGAGAAGUCUAAACCACAUACUCUUAAAAAAAUAUGAGGAGGGGCAUCAUAUUCUAGUUUGAGAGAGAGUAGAUAUUACCUUACCUGGACUUUCUGGAUUUCGUAAGAUACAAAUGAGGAAGAGAAUGCAUCCUAGUCAUAUAGGAAGUUACCUGAGUGACUACACAGGGAUAUGAGUGAGCAGGUCAAAUUUAGCUUUAGUUGGAAUGUAGAGUACAUGACAAGGGUUGAGUAAAAUAAGGCUGCACAGGUAUAGUAAGGUUGGAAGCAGAAUGUAGAGGGCUUUAAAUCUCAAGGUAAGGAAUUAAUAUUUUAUUCUAUACCUAAUCAUAGUGUUCAAGUGGAUAAGUAAUAUUUUGUCAGCUUUGGGAAAGAUAAAUUGGAAAAGAGACUACUAGCAAUAGGAAUAUCUGUAUGGUUAUUACAAUAGAUCAAGUGAGAAGUAAUAAUGGCCUAAAAUAGGGUAGUAUAUAUAAUAAGCAUAAAAGACCGAUUUGAGAAACAUUUAUGGAGACAGAGUCAACAAAAGGUUGAGUCAACAACAGCCCUAAAAUUUGAAACAAGUAAUUGGGAACAUGAUGCCAACAACAGAAAUAGAGAACUUGAAGAGAAAGUCAGAUUUUAGAAAGAAAAUAAUGAAUUCAGAUUUUGGCCAUGGUAAUGGCACAUCUAAUCAAUGUCCAAUAAGUAGCUAAAAAUGUGGGACAAGGUUAUAUGUAUUAAUGUGAUAGUCAUCUAGAUAAAACGAAUUAUUGAAACCAUGGAAAUAGAUGAUAUAAUCAAGGAAAAAGAAUACAGAGAGAAAAUGAUUGAAAACAUACAUUUAGAGAUUAUAUUUGGUCCAUAAAACCUGGCUUCUUGGUAGAGUCAGAGCUACGGUCUAUAGAGGAGUGGCAGUGAGGAUGGAUGGAUCAUAAGAAUGUUCCUGCUUAUAUGAAAGUAGGCAACAUGGUUCAGACACCAAACCUGGAAUUAGAUGAACAGACCACGUAGCUGAAAGGAAGAAGAAAUUGAAAGCAGUAUCAGAAAUAGGAAUAAGAUUAAAACCACAAACUCAGCAAGAUGCCUGAAAAACAGCUGGCAAGAGACAAAACUUAAGGUUUCACCAGCCUAAAGCUGAAGAAAUUCAUUGUUUAGUACCCAGAGGGAUCAGGUUAAUCAAAGAGUAUGGGUUAACCUUGUCACAUUUAGAGGCAGAAGAGACACUAGCAUUUUUAAAUUCUUAAUUUUAAUUGAAUUUACCUGAUGAACCCCUAAUGGGUUUUUGAAGAUUGUGGACAAAGUAUUGGGAAAAAGGAAAUGAACUAGCAAAAAUGAUUAAGGAAUGGUCAGAUAAGUAGAAGGAGAACCAGGGAAAAAAUAUCAUGGAAACCAAAAGAAAAGAAACCAUCAACAUGGUAGAGAUUGUGAAUAUGAGUCCUAAUCAGAUUAGAUAAUUGAAAUCACUAGAUAUCUUAAAGUUAGGGGUUUUAUGAAGUAGUGGUUUCUAAAGAAUUGCAGGAGUAAGCAAGUGAAUAUUGAGGAAAUGGAAGGAAGACAUGACAUUGGAUUAAAAUUGCUGUUUUUGGAAACCUGACAGUAAAAAGAGGAGAGAUACAGAUACAGGAAUAGAUUCCAGAAUCAGAAAGGGAAGGGAUGUGUGUGUGUGUCUGUGUCUGUAUGUCAGUGUGUUUGUGCAUGUAUGUAGAAGGGACUUCAGAAUUAUUUAGGCAAGUCAUAGGAAAUAUUGUGAAGAUGAAAGAGAAUGGUUAUUGAUUGAGGUUUUGAAAGAGAUGGCAAGAUACAGAAUCAGGGUACAAAUAGAUGACUGGUUUUGUGAAGGAAUAGGAAAAAGAAGGAAAAUGAAGAGGAUGAAUAAAGAUAUGGAUAAGUUUUAGUGUGAAAGAGGGAAAUUAAAAGAAUUUAUAGUGUAAGAAGUCUCUUUUUUGUAUGAUCUCUAUUAGGUUAUUUAUAAGUAUGGUAUAAUAAAGAACAGGGGAGUAGAGAAGUAUGACAAUGAGAUACUUGGAGAUAGAAAAUGGCUUAUGCUUUGAAUAAGCCAGUAAGGAAGCAAUCAAAAUAAAUAUGAGGAUAAGAUUAAAUUACCCUACUCAUCAGCUCUUCUUUAUAAAUUAGCAUGUUAAGAAUAUAGAACAGGUGCUUUGACUGUAGUACUCUUUUUUUUUCUUACUGUGGCCAGACAUAAAUGUUGAACUUAUAUGUCAGUAACUCCUAUUUCUGUGACUCAAAGCAGGAAAAACCUGCUUGUGUCAUUAAAAAAAAAUCAGCAGAAUACUUAAUGUUUUAAAUGGGCUUAAUAUCAGUUUGAUAUUAAAAGCUUCUGGUUAAUUUGCUUUAAACUUAUGACAAAGCUAAAUGAGACUAUCAGCUCUGUUAAAUUUCAUAUUUCUGACCCAGGAAAUAAUGCCAACUUGUGUAUUUUCAAUGAAUUACAGCUUUUAAACACCAGUGUAAACUGCUUCAUAUGAAUACCUUAUUUCCAUUCCACAUCUAGAAGUUUUGUGUUGUUUUUUUUUUAACUCCAAUGUAAUCUGUUUCAUGAAUCUUAUUGGCACAUUUAAAAGGUUUUGUUUGUUGUUGUUGUUGUUUUUUUUGGAGGUAUUCUCCAGGUCUCUAUAAGUAUAUCUAAUUAAAUGUGUUGAGAUUUGAGAUGCCUAUCAACAAUCAUUAUUGUAGCUAGAAACACAGUAAGUUAAAACUAAAUGUAUGAUUUCAUCUCGUUUUGUACUGUAAUAUAACUUGCAUCAAAAGAGACUAUUAAAACAUGUUCUUGCAAUAAAUGUGUUUAAUAUGGUUUUGUUAUUAAUUUUUUUAGCUUUUAGACUUGAGAAUUCUGUUGAACUAAUCAGAAUUAAAUGCUGCCUGGAAGAUUAUUCUGGUAGAAAUAAACAGGAGAAAAUGUCCUUUGUUAAUUGGUGCUAUUUGUUUUUCCCUGAAAAAAAAAAUUGUCUGCCUAUAGAGGGAGGAAAAAAACCACACUAUAUAGACAUAAACUCACUUCUUGCAUUUUAAAUAUGCUCUGUAUGUAGUUUCUUUUUUGAAUUCACAGUGAGCAGGAAAAAGGAACUGCUGCUCCUUUAAUAUAGGAGCUAUGCACAUUACAAUAGGUGUCACUGUGUUUCUUGGUCCAAUCAUUUUCGGUGACUUCAGCUAUUGGCUUAAAGCACUGGCUGUCUGACUCCAUCUGCAGGGCUGUAAUACCUACUCUCGUCUGAUCCAUUCAACACACAACUUCAGCCAGCUGAACAGACUCGCACUGCUACAGCAAGCACAUCUUGCUAACCUAAUUCAGAAAACAAGUGCUACAGCUCUAUGUAUAUCGUCUUUGCACAGUGUAGCAUUUUCAGGUGAUCUGGGAAACUGAAAAAGGCUCUUAGAAGCAAAUAAAAGAAACAAGAAUCAUAAUGGAGAUAUAUUUAACAAAUCAAGUACUGGAUCAAACUUAAAGCCAGUUUCUUAUUCAGCAUAGUGAAAAGGUCACCUUGCCUGACUGGAAGAGAAGCAAAAUAUCAGCUUUGUUGGUUUCUUUUAAAUUCUUGGCAUCCAUUCGGUUUUUCUUAACGAUCUUACUUAUGUAGGCUAUCUGGCUACACAGACAGAUAUAUUGUCCUCAUGGUAGAUGACAAGGGAAAGAACAUGAAAUGUCUCACCUUUUUUUUGAUGCUUCCAGAGACUGUCAAGAACAGGUCCAAGAAAAGCUCCAAGAAGGCAAAUACCAACAACAGCAGCAAGUUGCCACCAGUUUGCUAUGAAAUCAUUACUUUGAAGACCAAAAAAAAGAAGAAGAUGGCUGCUGAUAUUUUUCCCCGUAAGAAGCCAGCCAACUCCAGUACAACCACUGUCCAGCAGUACCACCAGCAGAAUCUCAAUAACAAUAAUACUAUCCCAGCCCCUAAUUGGCAGGGGCUUUAUCCCACAAUCAGAGAAAGAAAUGCGGUGAUGUUCAACAAUGAUUUGAUGGCAGAUGUUCAUUUUGUGGUUGGGCCACCAGGUGGGACACAGCGGUUGCCAGGACACAAAUAUGUUUUAGCUGUUGGGAGCUCUGUAUUCCAUGCAAUGUUUUAUGGAGAACUUGCUGAGGACAAAGAUGAAAUCCGUAUACCAGAUGUCGAACCUGCUGCUUUUCUCGCUAUGCUGAAAUACAUCUAUUGCGAUGAAAUUGACUUGGCUGCUGACACAGUGCUGGCCACCCUCUAUGCUGCCAAAAAGUACAUCGUCCCUCACCUUGCCCGUGCCUGUGUCAAUUUCCUGGAGACCAGUCUGAGUGCAAAGAAUGCUUGUGUGCUGCUCUCCCAGAGCUGCCUCUUUGAAGAACCUGACCUGACCCAGCGUUGCUGGGAGGUGAUUGAUGCCCAAGCUGAGCUAGCGCUUAAGUCUGAGGGAUUCUGUGAUAUUGAUUUCCAAACAUUAGAGAGUAUACUCCGCAGGGAGACUCUAAAUGCCAAAGAAAUUGUUGUUUUUGAGGCUGCUCUCAAUUGGGCUGAAGUUGAGUGUCAGCGCCAGGAGCUAUCACUGAGCAUCGAAAACAAACGAAAGGUCCUUGGAAAGGCGCUGUACUUGAUCCGAAUUCCCACCAUGGCCCUUGAUGACUUUGCAAAUGGAGCUGCCCAGUCUGGAGUUUUGACUCUGAAUGAAACCAACGACAUCUUUCUUUGGUAUACGGCAGCCAAAAAGCCCGAGCUAGAGUUUGUGAGCAAUGCCCGUAAGGGCCUCGUUCCACAGCGCUGCCACCGCUUCCAGUCGUGUGCCUAUCGAAGCAACCAGUGGCGAUACCGGGGUCGGUGUGACAGCAUUCAGUUUGCUGUGGACAAAAGGGUUUUCAUUGCUGGCUUUGGCCUCUAUGGCUCCAGCUGUGGCUCAGCAGAAUACAGUGCCAAGAUUGAACUCAAACGCCAGGGCGUCAUUCUAGGACAGAACUUAAGCAAGUAUUUCUCAGAUGGAUCUAGCAACACUUUCCCAGUGUGGUUUGAGUAUCCGGUGCAGAUUGAGCCAGACACCUUUUACACAGCCAGUGUGAUUUUGGAUGGCAAUGAAUUGAGUUACUUUGGACAGGAAGGAAUGACAGAGGUUCAGUGUGGCAAGGUGACUGUCCAGUUCCAGUGCUCUUCAGACAGUACUAAUGGCACUGGUGUGCAGGGAGGACAAAUUCCUGAACUUAUAUUUUAUGCUUAAAAAAUUAUUUCCAAUAGAAAAUGUGAGCUGUUAAGUAUGUAUCUGGUUCAGACAUGUUGAUGCUUUGCUUAUAUGCAGAUAGGUGAUCCGUACAGGUAAUUUGUAAUUAAUAAUGCUAUGGGCAGUUCUCAUUACUUUUUAGCCUAAAAUGCAGCUUUCUACUCAUAAUGAACUAGAUGCUCAAAAGAGCCAAAUUCUGAUUAAGGCUAUGUUAUUUUAAGAGUUGCGUCUAUAUACUAAGAAAACUUGUGUAUAUUUUCUUUAUUAGUUUUGUCAAGUUAAUGACAUUUCUUAUAAUUGUCUUAAAUUUCCCUUUGGUUUUUAUUUUGAUCAUGGUGUAAAUAUGUAGUAUAAAAACAAGGGUGAAGGUUUAUUUUAUUUUUAAGACUCAAGAAAAAAAAUAGACUAGUUUGAAGGAAGUUCUAUUACCUACAAGUUUGAGUUCAGGUGAACAUAUAACAAGUAGGUAAUAAUCACUUUUGACUUUUAUUCCUUUUCUCUGCUUUGCAGCUUUUGCUUUGUACUUGUUACAUGAAUUAAUUGUACUAGUACAUGUUAAGCUAAAGGCAACAAUUUCUCUGGAGGUGUCAAUUAAAAAAUUGAAAGGCUGGAUUUUUUUAAAGGGACUCUUCGAGAACAAUUAACUUAAAUUUUUUUUCUUUAAUCUAGAGAGACAGAAUUUUGAAGCACAUACAUUUCUUUCAGGAAGAAUCUUAAAAUUAUAGUUUUCAUUCAUAACAGAAAAGGGCUGCAGGCUUGUGUCACUUCUUGGAAAGAAGAAGAAUCUUAAAGUUACCAAAUUGAUAGCACAUGUUAGAAUUCACAACUUGAGAAAAAAAAAAAGCUAGAGCUUUUUUCUCCUUUCUAGCUCCUAUAAAAUAAUUGUUUGUCCAGAUUCUUUUCUAUAUACUGUUUUCAUAUUCUCUGUUAAAAGAGGACUAAGCAAUUGUUUAGACUGAUUAAAUGCCAUGUUGGUAUAACUGUUUUUUACAUAUUUGUUUUACCUCAUAUAUGCUUUGAACAUAUGAUAAUAUAUCCAUUAGUGAUAAUUCUUUAAAAUUCCUAAAUGGCUAGAAUAGUGCCCUCUGCCUAACCCUUAAGUGAUACAGAAAAUAAAAUAUGGUCUGGAGAGACUAAAUUGGAUUUUACUUAAUAUCCAAAACUUUAGCAUUGUAUCAAGCUUUCUCAUGUUCCAUGCACAACAUACAAAAAAUAAUUUCCCUUGUAAGAUGGCUUAUGGCGGUUUAGUACCUACAUUAUUGGUAGUAUUUAAGAAGAUUGAUUUCCUGAAUAUUUGCAUGUGAAUUAUCCAUGCACUCCUGGGUUGCUUUCCUGCCCAGUAUGAUCCUGAGAUGGCUUCCCCCCCGCCACCCAGAGCGCGGCUUCUGGCUGCCUCCUUCCCCUUGCUCAGCACAGUCCUGGACUGGCUUUUUGAAGCUAGGGGUUAGUAUUGGGGUGUGUGUGCGUGUGUGUGUGUGCACACUCAGGAAUUUACUUCUUUCCCUUGCUGCCAGCUAGGCAGAAAUUAUUUUUCUGUUCACCCUAGUAUGGUCCCAGGCAGUUUUCCUUCACCCUCUUUAGUGUGCUAUUUAGGACACUUUCUUCCCUCUAUAUAUUAAAACUGGGCUAACUCUUUCAUCACCUAAUCUAAUACAGGAGGAUAUCAGUGAAUUUUCUGAGAUUUCAAAAUCUUCUAUGCUGCUGUCUCCAUCCAUACAAUCAAGAGUUGACUGUCAUUGAUAAUUAUAAAAUACCCCCAGGACAGCUUCCUAAGAGACUUAACAGUAAUACGAUAUCAUGGAGAUUGUGGAUAGGGAAGAAAGCCAAAAUCCUAAAAUGGAAUAAGGGGAAAUAUUCCCUCUGAAACUAUUGCAAAUUAUUUUUAAUAUAGUUAAAUCUGACUCUUUGCUGCCACAAAACAAGUACAAAAAAUGAGCUUGAUAAGGCAUCAUGCAUUCUUUUAAAGCAAAGUAUUGGAAACUAGGAAAAUAGAUUUACACCAAGGAAUUGAGGUGGACAUGAUGGCCUUAUUUUGAAAUGUGUUCAGUUUAGUGAGUCAUUGACCAUAGCUAUAUACUUCUUGGCUUAAGAAUUAACCUGAUGACAGCCAGAUGGAAUAAUGCCCCUUUUUAUGUUUUCCAGUAAACUCAUUCUCAUUUUAAAUUUACCUUCCAUUCCUUUUUUUUUAAAGUGCUGGUCUACCAUAUGAUGAGAUUAGACAGAUAUUCUUGAGUUAAAGUUGAACAUCUUACUUCAAGUGGAAAACUUUAUUUUAAAUCUGUUAUCCCUUCAGUAUUUUAGACAAAGUGGAAUGAAAACUGAUGUGCUUGCUUUAGCUUUUCUGAGUAUAUUCUUGGUAGUUAUAGGUUAUAAAACUAGAGACCGUUAUUUCUAACAAACCAGGCAACUUUGGUAUAUAAACACAACUUCAACAAACAGAACAUGCUGUAGAUGCUAUUUUUAAAUGUACCUGGCAGUCUUUGUAUUUCAAUGUUAAUUCUGGGGAUAGAGGGAAACUAGGCUAGCAUUCUAAUGUAACAUUCUUUAUAUCUUAAAUAGUAUUUAAGUAAAUGGUUUAAUUUCUACAUAAUUAUUGCACUGAAUUUUUUUAAGGUGCGUAAGCUGAGCUAAUUUCAGAUCACAGCAGCCAAUUGUGCUUCAGGGUGCUUGAAUUUAGCAAGCUUAUAGCAUUAUUUAUGAAGGACAAAUAUAUAAAUAUGAAGUACCUCAUGUUGAAUGUUUAUUGUACUGUAUCUUUAAUGUAACAGUGCAGAUCUUGUUAGACACAUGAAUGUGUAUAAUCAUGUUAAAUGCAAAUAAACAUAAAACUGGUUCGUA